AUGGCGGGAGGUCGACGCAACGGACGGGGUGGCGGAAAGAUUGGAGGAAAAGUUAUUGAUACUGCUGGCAACACCCCUUUGACCAGCGCGGAUCACUCUCCGGAGACGAGUCCUCUAUUGUUGACGCAAGCUUCACCCCAAGCUCCCCUCACGACGGCGGUUAACGAUGUGCUGGGAGAGGUGGCGAAAAUCUCCCUGCAAGAGCGGUUGUCUGCUUUGAAGGACAACGAGCUUAAGGACAAUAAGGAGGGUAAUGAGACGCAGCAACCGCAACCGACCUCGUCAGCUGGCGGAUCGCCGAAUCCUGUGACAAUGGCACCUGCGGCGACGGCAGAAGGUUGCAGCAAAUACGUGGAUGAGGAUGAGUGCUGGGACAGUGACGACGAGGACGACUUCGACCCAACUGCGGUCAGCCUGCUCGCGUCCCAAGUCAGCUUCCCACUUACGCUUCUGAUCCCUAUUCAGUGGGAGAGCGAGGUCCCGAAGUUGAAGCCUACGGUCAUUGCGCACCUGGAUCACUGGAAGGCUUCGCUGACGGUCGACGCGCAGACGACCACGAAGUAUCAAGAGAUGCUGCCGCUGUGGCUGUCAAAGAAGCGAUACGGUCGGCUUCAAGUUACCUUUCAGCACGCGAGUGAUGCGGCUUCGGUCUGGCGGCGCUCCAUCGAGCACGAUGUGGGGAAGGGGGUUACUCUGACGCUUAACUGGCAGCACCCGGAGAACGCGACUUACAGGAAGGAGCGUCAGCAGAACCCAGAUGCGGUGGAAGUGCUGUUGAAGUAUGUUCCGGCUGGCGUCUCUCCAGAGCUGGUCCGUAAGAUGCUGACGGAGGUUGUGCUGCUCAAGAAAGGCAAACCUGCGUUCAGCAAAGGCGUGGGCUUCCACAGAGUGCAGGACCCAGUUACCGUGUCUCGCUUUUCUCACCUUUGCCGCUCCUGUCUUUUCCUUCGAAAUCUACUGACGUCCCGGCUCAAACCCCUCCUCGCAACUGCAUCGCUGAAAGUCAUAGCAUUAACAAAAGACAUUCUCAAGGACCCGGCUAUCGUUCUCACCUCCACAGGGGGGUCGCGGGAGGACUGGGUGUGUGUGGUCGCUGCUUGCGACAAAGCGCAGGGUGCCAGCUUCGAGCAGGCAUUGGCUCACGUCGCAUCACUCCGUCACAAGACGAACCUGACGAAGCCGGGUGCUGCUACCCGCGCCAGCAAAGGUGCUCUCAACCUGGGAGCGUUCCGCAAGGAGUUGGCCAAGUUCUGCGAGCUCAACAUCAAUGGGCUCGGCAGUGCAGGGAAGCAGGAAAAGUGCAAAGACUGGCAAAGGAACAAAGUGGAUGUCGCGAUACUUACAGACACGCGCAUUCAGGCUGACCAGAACUUCUGGACUCAAUUGAAGCCGUCCGCGGUGGUGGCCGUGGGGCCAGCUGGGCCGGCAGGAGGAGUAGCUGUGGUGAGCUUUGUGCCUGGGAUGAGCUUCACGCACACGUACACACACGCAUCAGGAAGAUUGGUGGGGGUGGUGGUCCGUUGGGAAGAUCUAGAGCUGCUCCUUGUUGCGUUGUACUCGCCGGCGCAACUGGAGAUCAGGGCCCCUUUCUACAAGGACUGCCUGGGGCCUUUCCUGGGCACCUUACCAAAAAUGAUGAACGUCAUGGUGAUGGGAGACAUGAACGUGGUGGAGGACCCGGCGCUAGACAAGUCAACAGGUGUGGGGUCGUCGGCGGAAAACCGGAGGUUGAUGAGCUACUGGGCGAACUCCCCGCUCACUGAUGCGUUCCGUUUUAUGCACCCUGGCAAGAGGGAGUACACUUUCCACAUGAGGGCAAAGGGUGUGAGCACCAGGAUUGACCGCGCGCUAGUGUCACAAUCGUUGCUGUGCAAGCAGGUGGAUGUGCGGCACGCGGACAUUACAAACAAGAUGACGGAUCAUUGGAGUGCGGUGGUGGUCGCGCUGGAGUCGUCGGCGGCGGUCGAGAGUGGUCCCGGAAUCUGGCAGCUAAGGGCGGUACGGGCAAAAAAGAGAGGGGUCAGGAGCCGGGUGGAGAAGGUGAUCAAGGACGCGGGUGGUAACCUUGGGUUCGUGUCCUGGGCGGAGGGCCUGCACAUAGGAGCAGGCACACGGUUGCACAUCAACGGGUGGACAGGAGACAGGGUCGCGGUGGAAAGAGGGGUGCGUCAAGGUUGUCCGCUAGCACCGUACCUCUUCUUGUGCGCGGUAGAGCCGCUCUGUCAAGAAAUUGCGCAACGAAGGCUGGGGGUGGGAGACGAAGGUGCAGAGAAGCUGGCGUACCUGGGAUACGCCGACGACACGUCGCUCUUGCUGCAGGGGGAAGAGCAGCUGGCUGCAGCGGCUGAAGUGCUGGAAAAUUUCGGGAAGGCAUCAGGGCUGAAGGUGAACAAAGAUAAGACGGUGGUCUUUCCACUCGGGGAAAACAGGGGGGAGCCUCCGCCGGCAGACCUGCAAUUCAAAUGGGCAGACAAGGCGGCACCGGAGAGACUCCGAACGGCGUACAUAUACCCGCCGCCGGAGGAGAUCUGGACAAAAAUCAAGCGGAUCUAUCACCAUUUUGUGUCGGAAGGGGAGGCGACGGAGGAAAAGGCCUUCGUCCUCUGGAACUACGAGCUGGUAUGCACACCCCUGGAAGAGGGAGGGCUGGGGAUGAUAUGCCCCAAGAAGCGUUUCGACAGCAUAGCGGUGCAGAAUGUCGGCCGCAUGAUGCUGCAAACAAACCUCGUUAAGAAGUGGCUGACGGAGCAGGCGGCGGCGAUGCCUCUGGGACCGGACACAAUCUACGCUCAUCAGUCCCUGCUGAGACACUGGAAGGAGGGUAGUAAACGCUGGAAGGAUAUGACACAAGCUUUCUGGAAGUCACCUUUCUGCGUCACCCCGGAGCCAAGUAAUCGCUGGGAGGUGGAGCGGGAGCAGUUGGCGUUUAACAGGCGCAUACCUUUCGGGGGUGCUAGUCCGUUCGGAAAUAAAAAAGGUUAG